AUGGGCAAAACUUCAUUAGAACAAUUGAAAGAAUACACCACUGUUGUCAGUGACACCGGUAUCAUCAACGAUAUCAAAAAGUACACUCCACGUGACGCCACCACCAACCCAUCAUUGAUCUUGGCCGCCACCAAGGACCCAGCCUACGCUACAUUGAUUGACGUUGCUGUUGAUUACGCCAAGGACAAGGGCUCUUCUGCUGAGGAAAAAGCCAACAUUGCCUUGGACAGAUUAUUGAUUGAGUUUGGUAAGGAAAUUUUAAAGAUUGUUCCAGGUAGAGUUUCUACUGAAGUUGACGCUAGAUUGUCCUUUGACAAGGAAGCCACCAUCAAGAAGGCCCUCCACUUGAUUGACUUGUACAAGCAAGAAGGUAUCGACAAGGAGAGAAUUUUGAUCAAGAUUGCUUCUACUUGGGAAGGUAUCCAAGCUGCUAAGGAGUUGGAGGAAAAAUAUGGAAUCCACUGUAACUUGACCUUGUUGUUCUCAUUCGAACAAGCUGUUGCAUGUGCAGAGGCCAAGGUUACCUUGAUCUCACCAUUUGUUGGUAGAAUCUUGGACUGGUACAAGGCCUCUACCGGUGAAACUUAUACUGCUGAAACCGACCCAGGUGUCAAGUCAGUUAGAGCAAUCUACAACUACUACAAGAAGUACGACUACAAGACCAUUGUUAUGGGUGCUUCAUUCAGAAACACCGGUGAGAUUUACGCUUUGGCUGGUUGUGACUUCCUUACAAUUGCUCCAAAAUUGUUGGAAGAAUUGUACAACUCCGACCAAGAAGUUAAACCACACUUGAAUGUCGAAAGCGCAAAGGCCUCUGACGUUGCCAAGGUUUCAUACAUUAACGAUGAAGCUGCUUUCAGAUUUGCAUUGAAUGAAGACGCUAUGGCCACCGAGAAGUUGUCUCAAGGUAUCAGAGGAUUCAGUAAGGAUGCUGUUACCUUGUUGAAAGAUUUGGAAAAGAGAUUUUAG